AUGUCGAACUCAACAGAAAACAAACAUGUAGCAGUCUUUGCAUUCCCCUUCGGCACCCAUACUGUGCCUCUCUUAAACCUCGUCCUCAAACUAUCUCAAGCCGCUCCAAACUGUUCAUUCUCGUUCAUCGGCACAGAAAAAUCCAACGCAAUCCAUUUCCCGAAACCCCACAUCCCCAUCAACAUUAAGCCCUAUUGCAUCAGCGAUGGAAUCCCAGAGGGUCACCCACUAGCCAACCACCCAAUCGAAAAGCUCAACUUUUUCCUCAGAACCGGUCACGAGAACUUGCACAAGGGUAUUCAAAUGGCGGAAGAGGAGACCAAGCAGAAAGUCACAUGCGUUAUUUCCGAUGCUUUUGUAUCCUCUUCUCUCGUCGUGGCACAGAAACUCAACGUUCCUUGGAUCGCGUUUUGGCCUCCCAUGUCAUGCACACUCUCUCUAUAUUUCUACAUUGAUUUGAUACGUGAACAGUUUUUAAACAGUGCUGGAAACGCAGCCUUUGAUUUCCUUCCCGGGUUGCCCAACAUGCGUGUCGAAGACAUGCCGCAGGAUCUGCUAUUUUUUGGAGAAAAAGAGACAAUUUUUUCAAAGACACUAGUUUCACUGGGCAAGGUGCUGCCUCAGGCUAAGGUUGUAGUCAUGAAUUUCUUUGAGGAGCUAGACCCACCUUUGUUUGUUCAGGACAUGAGAUCCAAGUUGCAGUCUUUGCUCUACAUCGUCCCGGUUCGCUUCCCCAUACUAUCGGUGGCGGAUUCCACAGGGUGCUUGUCGUGGUUGGACAUGCAGGGUUCUAGAUCAGUGGCGUAUGUCUCCUUUGGGACCGUCGUGACGCCACCGCCACACGAGAUUGUGGCGGUGGCCGAGGCGUUGGAAGAAAGCGAACUUCCGUUUCUUUGGUCUCUUAAGGAAAACGUGUUGGGUUUUUUGCCAACUGGGUUCCUUGAGAGGACCAGCAUGAGUGGGAGAAUAGUGUAUUGGGCUCCACAGACACAAGUUUUGGCGCAUGAUUCUGUGGGAGUUUUUGUGACUCACUGUGGAUCUAACUCUGUGACUGAGAGUCUCUCCAGUGGGGUUCCUAUGAUUUGUAGGCCUUUCUUUGGAGAUCAAGGGGUGGCUGCCAGAGUGAUACAGGAUCUUUGGGAGAUUGGGGUGAUAAUAGAAGGUAGGGUUUUCACCAAAGAUGGAUUGCUUAAAAGCUUGAAGAUGAUUAUGGUGCAGGAAGAGGGGAAGAAGAUUAGAGACAAUGCUCUUAAGUUGAAGAAGACUGUGGAAGAUGCAGCAAGGCCUGCAGGGAAAUCAGCACACGAUUUGAAGACUCUGCUGGAAGUAAUUUCUAGUUCUUAAAUCAUAGGGAAAUUUGAUAGUAUCUAACUUGAUAACUAGAAAAUUCACUUAUCAAAUCGACUAAAAAAAAUAAGUUAAAAAACUAGAAAA